AGAGUGCGGGCCCCACCCCACUGAGUCCGUCUCUGUGUCUCCAAGUGAAAUCUAGCACUUGAGGCUGCUAUUGCUUCCGACGAACAAAGCAGAGAGAGCUAUUUUGAUAGUUAAGGUGAUGGGUGCGUUGCCUUUGCAACUUGCAACAAGAAUAGAGUGCUGCCAUGGCCAUCACCAUAUAAAAGGAACAAACGGCAAUAAUAAUGACUCCCAAAGAUUCCCAGAGAAGAAUCAUGUGAGGAGCGUGGAGUGUAUUCCUCCGCGGCCAAAGAGAAUAAUAUUAGUUCGGCACGGUGAGAGCCAAGGGAACGUGGACGAGAGCGUGUACGCGAGGGUGCCUGAUCCCAAGAUUGGACUCACGAGCAAAGGCAAGGCUCAAUCGGAGGAAUGCGGCCGCCGCAUCAACGACAUCAUCCAGAAAGACGGUGACCACAACUGGCAACUCUACUUCUACGUCUCACCUUAUCGGAGGACCCUUGAAACCCUCCAGAGCCUCGCUCGCCCCUUCCCACGCCACAGAAUCGCAGGCUUCAGAGAAGAGCCACGCCUCCGAGAGCAAGAUUUCGGCAAUUUCCAGAACAGAGAGAAGAUGAGAGUGGAGAAAGCAAUGCGCCAGCUCUAUGGUCGUUUCUUUUACCGCUUCCCUAAUGGAGAAUCUGCCGCAGAUGUGUAUGAUAGAAUCACGGGAUUCAGAGAAACCCUCAGAGCAGAUAUUAACAUAGGGCGCUUUCAGCCACCUGCGGAACGCCACGUGGACAUGAGCUUGGUCAUCGUUUCCCACGGUCUAACCAUUCGAGUAUUUCUUAUGAGGUGGUUCAAGUGGACCGUUGCCCAGUUCGAAGGCCUCCAUAAUUUGCACAACGGUAAUAUGCUUGUCAUGGAAAGAGGUUACGGUGGAAGGUAUAGCUUACUGAUGCAUCACGAUGAAAAAGAGCUAAGACGAUUUGGAUUGACUGAUGAGAUGCUCAUUGAUCAGGAGUGGCAUAAAUAUGCAAGGCCUGCUGAUCUCAAUUACGAUUGUCCAAUGGUGAAUUCCUUCUUUCCCCAUCUCAACGAAGAAGAAACAUGCAACACUGGUGAGCAACUAAGUAGAUAAAAAGUUAUUGAUAAGUUGGAGAUGCGGGGUAUCGAUCCCCGUACCUCUCGCAUGCUAAGCGAGCGCUCUACCAUCUGAGCUACAUCCCCUUUUGAAUGUUCAUUUAAUUGUACAAUAUGAGGCAUAGUAAAUACAACUUACACAAGGUCCAUUAAAUCA